GUGCGAAUACGAACGUGGAUUCUUGUGAAUGAUUCAACUGCGUGGUAUCACAGCAAUUGCGACCUGAUGUUUCGACUCGCAUCGCAUAUGUUCGCGUCAAUAUUCAUGAAAUCCGUGUUUUGAACGAAUCGUUCAGAAGCAAAUUGGAGCCUCGUUCGGGUCGGGUUUAUUUACAUUUUAACGAUUCGGAUGCGAGCGACUUUAAGUCCAGGUCAACCGGGGGUCGACAGACAUGGGGCAGAAGGAAUCUAGGGAACUGACUCCUGUGAUCGCCUUGAGAAGAUGGUCCACGGAUGGAUUGUACAACCAUAGACGACGUCGUUCAGCCUCCUUAGGACUCAUAAAAUUCAACAAUGGUCGAACUCAAUAUGAAACAGAAAAUGAGGCGGGAUCAGUUCAUGGGCGGAUACGACGUCCACCGCAGAUCCACCAAGAAUCUAGUCUCAACAGAACUCCUUCUUACCAAUCGAGACCUCGACGACAGUAUGUUGAUGAAUACGACUCCGACCUGGAAUUCGACCAGAUUCCAGCGGAAAAUCCAAAUGACAUUACGCUUUCGAGCACGAUGCUUUCCAAAAUCGAGCUCCUCCAGAAGAAAAGAGACAACAUGCAGAAAAUCGAGCAACGGAAACUGCAGGCGUCCGAAGAACGCGCCAGGAAAUUCAAAGCACUUCAGUCCCAAGCAGAAGCCCUGUCUCCUCCUCCAGUCCCAGUUCAUAUAGCUUCACCGCAACCGAAAUCGAGACGAAACUCGAUUAGAAGUCGAAAAUCUGUCUCAGACAAAAGUCCUAAUCCACCGGUGAUAGAAGUAGCUUCGCCGAAGCCGCCUCCAGCAGCAGCUGCUGUUCAGCAACGAAAAACGCCGCCGAAAACUCCGGGCGGUCGAAGACCGCUUACAAGAGGUUCCGGAGUCGUCGCCAAAAAAUCGGAGAAAAACGUGGAUGGCGUCCAGGAAGUGGUUCGGCUCUGUCAGCAUCACAGCCCUGUCGUCACACAGCAUCUGAAAGACGUCAAUCACUUGAUAAUGAAGCAAGUUAAAAACUUGCGUUCGCAAGUUUGCCGAGCAGCAAUCCAAUCCUACGUCGAGAUUUUUACGUCACAAAGACGGCAUAUGGAACCGUAUCUCGACAAAGUUGGCCCAUUGCUGCUCCAGAAGACGGGAGAAACCAACAGAUUCAUCAAAGAAGAUUGCAACAUUGCUCUGGAUUCAAUGGUGGAUUCCGUCAGUCCGGUGAAAGCAGCGUCUAUUCUAGUCUCGGACGGUUUGACGCACAAAAACAACGCCGUUCGAGGAUCCACGUCGCGACUUUUUGCCAGGCUCGUUGACCGCAUGGGACCUAGCAAGUUUUUCGCGGGGUCGAAUCGGGACAUGGUGGAAAAAAUACUUCCUGCCAUGAUCAAGUUGGUUGCUGACGGGAAUCCUGAAGCCAGGCACCAUGCGAAGCGAGUGUUCAACUCGAUCAUGGACCUACCCGAAUUCGACUCGACACUGAAGAAGUACGUACCCGCUGCGCAACUCCGCAGUAUUGAGAAGACUCUGGAGCAGAUCCGGAAUCAGGCGAAACAUGGCCAAGUUUGUCUCCUUUCUAUUUCAUGA